AUGUCCCGUGUUUCGUUGCUCGCCACCCUUCUCUUAAUAAUAUCUAUCUCCUCAGCAUACCUUUCCGACUCAUGGAUGCUCAGCUCGGAAAGGCCAACGAGCCCACGCUGUGUGCCAAUACCGCACAAUCUCACCAUUUGUUACGGCAUGCAGUACAGUGCAAAUGCCGGAGUUCCAAACUUAUUGGAACAUGACACCAUCAAUGAAGCGAUUCAUCAGUCAAGUGAUUGGAAAUCCUUACUUCAGUUGAACUGCCAUCCAGACACGCAGGGUUGUGAGGGACGUAUGUCUGUCUACGGUUUCCCAUGGCCAGAAAUGUUCGUAUCGUGUGAAAAAUAUCCAGAAGAUAACGAUAUGUGUAUCAAGGCGAUGAACGUCGAGAAACAAGGCAAGUUGGCACGCCCAAUGCACGGUCAGUGGUUUGCUCCAAUUGUGAUCCCAUUAUGUCUUUUUUCAAACACUAACACUGAUUGUUAUCUGAAGUGCUGA